AUGGUCAGAAAUAAGAAUAAAGCUGCAUCAGGUCAUACAAAAGAUCCAGCAUGGAAACAUAGCACUCAGGUGGAUGUAGGAGGCAGUGAUAAAACAUAUGUCUAUCUGAAAUGCAAUUACUGUGAUAAAGUUGUGAAAGGUGGUGUGACUAGGAUGAAGGAACACCUUUCAGGUUCUCAAAAGAAUGUUGCUCCAUGCUCUAAAGUUCCUGAUGCUAAGCAAUUUGAGGAUAGAGUUGAUGUUGGAUCUUACUACGGGAGUGAGCGCAGCGUUAGGGAUUCAUUUUCUUCUAUGAAGCUCAUUUCAUCUAGGAGUGCUAGAGGGCCUAUAGAUCAUUAUAUGGUUGACACAUCAGAGGAUAGGCCUUCUACUACACAGAAGAUGGCCCCAGAAAAUGCAAGGGAGGCGCGGAGAAGAAUGUGUAAGGAUAUAGGCAGAUUCUUCUACGAAAAUGCAAUUACAUUUAAUGUUGCAACAUCACCUUCUUAUUACAACAUGUUUCGUUCAGUUGGAGCAUUUGAGAGAGGGUUCAAAUCUCCAACCAUGUAUGAUUUAAGAACAUGGAUUUUGAAGGAGUUGAAAAACACUGAUAAAAGCAUCGAAAAAAUUAAGAAGACUUGGGCUCAAACAGGAGUAACAAUUAUUUCAGAUGGGUGGUCUGAUAUCAAAUAUAGAAGUCUGAUCAACAUCCUCAUUAAUAAUCCCUAUGAUAGCAUUAUUGAUGAGGUUGGAGAACAUUUGGUUGUACAAAUUGUGAUAGAUAAUGCAAGUUCUUAUAAGGCUGCAGCUCUUAUGAGAAAAUUUUCGAAGAAAGAAAUUCUAAGGCCAGCCGCAACAAAAUUUGCCACUGCUUACUUGACCUUAGAGAGCAUGCUGGAUGAUAGGCAACCUUUAGAGGCUAUGUUCACAUCUAUACAGUGGUUGAGUUGUGCUUGGGCGAAGAAGGCUGAGGGAAAAGAGAUUAGAAAGAUUGUUUUAAAUGAUAGAUUUUGGCAAAUUGUCUUAUAUGCCAUUACAACCACUAGACCUUUAGUUCAUGUUUUAAGGAUGGUGGAUGCUGAGAAGGAGCCUGCAAUGGGUUUCAUCUACAAUGCCAUGGAUGAAGCCAAAGAGAUGAUUGCCUCCAACUUAGGAGGCAGUGAGGGAAGCUUUAAGAAGAUUUAA